GCCAUCUUCCUAGCAUAAUGGGAAAUCGGAGAAUAACAUUUAUCGGCAAGCCAGCCUGACCCAGAGAAGUCAAAGUGAAUAUUAAAAUGUUGUCGAUGCAGAGGACUCUGCAGUUAUCGAGUGAUCGUUCAACAUGAAGGAAUCUUGUGUCCUAAGUAAGGGAGAGUUGGGGUUGCCUAAAGAAACAGAUUUAUUUUACAAGAAAAAUGGAUUCUCCAAUAAGACCAAAGUGCGUGGCAAGUUUUGCAGCAUCUUCAAGUUCCUCAUGUAUCUUCUGCUGAUUAUUUCUCUAAUACUAACUGCAUACGUGCUACUGGAUUCCUACAAGACUGUUGAGACGGGAAAAGGAUACUGUGGUACAUUGAUUUUUGCUGACGAAGAAGAAAAGGCUGUCCAGCCGACUGAAGAAUUGCGGACAAUGACAAAUGGGACAGAAAAUAACGUCAUUGACUUUUUACAGAGCAUGAACGAUUCUGCGACUAUCUUUUAUGAAUCCGAGUAUGAUUAUACGACGAUUUCACCAGUCAUUGAAGACACUGAGAAUGAAGCAGUAACGAGGAUGAUGACUUCAACAACGGAAUUAUCAGAGAAAAAUAUUAUGACAUUAGAACUGCUCCUGAAAGAAUUUGCGAAAAUACCCAAUCAAUUUUUGAGCUUCUCUACCGAGACUUCUGAAAGUGAUUCUAACGAGAUCACGCAUUCACCAAAAUACAAUGGUACGUUUGAUAAUGUAGAAAGUUUGGGAAUUUCUCCGGACAAAAUUACUUGGCGCAAUCCUGAAGAAGAUUCGUCUGAAGAGACCAGUGAAAAAGUAACAGUUUCAAUAUUAGAUUUACUUCACCCAGAAAGACUAUUCGACAUUAAGGUACGUGAUGAAGUGGACAAGAGUAAUCUAGAAUCAACAUCUGUCUAUUAUGCGACACGGCCUACUUCGACUUAUGUCGAUAAUGACACCCUGGACCCUGAUUACACGAAUUUGGCGGAGAUAGAACAACUGGAUCCCAUUUCCCUACCGCCGAAAAGUAAAAAUUGCGAAAUGUCGAAAGAUGCUGUGGAUGCAGAUACCAAUACCGGGACUUCGAAUUGGACUUGCGAAUCUGACGAAGACACAACGGGAAUAGUCACGGAAAAUCCAUCAGAUUCUAAAUAUAGUACUACAGAGCCGUAUGGUGACAUUGAUGGAUUUAAAAAACUUAUGAAUCUUUCUUCGUUCACUGAUGAUUACGUCGUAAGAAAUAAUUAUUAUUCGGGUGAUGACGUAAGUGACAAGACAAAGUCGUAUGAAGAUUACGAGGACUACUACGACUAUAUGGCGGAUGAGGAGAAAGAGUCCAAUAAGCAAAUUCAAGGAAAGAAUAUGAAGGAGGAAGAAAAGGAGGAUUAUGUUCCUGAGGAAAAUUUUUAUGACAAAAGUCUCGAGACGCCUGAAGAACCUACCGUUUCGUCCACAGAGAUUUAUGAAGUAAUUAAUCCUUUGGAGAUCUUUAAGCGAACCUCGGAAAUUCCGCAUCGGACAUAUUCACCCUCAGCGAUUGAGAUUGAUUCGUCUAAGAGCAACGAAGAGCAAGUAUCAGACGAGGACAUCGUUUUUGAUCAAAUAUGGGAUGAAUUAUUUUCAAAAUUAUACACGGUCCAUGAUGAUGAUACACUAUCCACGGAGUCAUUUUCUGAAAAAGUAGAAUCAAAUUACUUUAAAAUAUUAUGCAUGAUUCUCAAUGUUACUUUAAAAUAUACGAUAACGCAUCCUGUCGCUGGAAUUACCGACGAGGACCGACGGCUUAUGAAAAUUCAAAUGGCAAAGCUACGGAAUGUAACAGACAUUUGUGAUAAUAUAUCUAAUUUCACUUCAGACAGUGCUCUUAAUCGUAUGAUAACAGAAAUAAGUGAACUUCAUUGGGACGAGUCGGAGGAGGAAAGUCAUAAAGUGAAACGAUCUGUAGCGUCAAAAAUUCCCGAUAAUUUGACGAAUCGUUUGAUGAUCGAGAAAAAACCGGCUGAGAUAUUAUACAACGCUAUACAAACGAGAAAAACGAUGCUGUUACAGAAACUGGCGCAGAUCGACGAUAAUUAUUACCAAUCCUUGGAAUCAAAUCUAGAGGAAUUUUUUAAUCGGAUGGAAUUGUUAUCGCAGCAUAUCGAUCGGCUUCACGAACGUUACUUAAAAAUGAAUGAAUUAAGUGACGAUUAUAUAUCGAAAGAAUUCCCAAUGGAAACCUGGUAAAGAUGUAUGAUUAAAUAUUUUAUUUGAGAUAGAUAAUUUAUGAAGUGUACAAGAAAAGUCGUGGAUAAAUGUAAAUCAAUUGAUUGAUAUUAAUAAAUUCGAAUUCAAUGAUAGAAAAUAAUUUUUCUAUUAAUGUCUUUACAACGAAA